AUGAGGAUGAGGAUUAAUAAGGGCUCUGAGGGUUUUGGAUCUCAGGUCAACAAAUGUCUGGAGAAUGCCGAGUAUCUGUAUGAUCGACUGCAGAGGAGGUCAGACUUUGAGCUGGUCUUCAGACACAAACCGGAGCACAGCAACGUGUGUUUCUGGUACAUUCCUCCCAGCCUGAGAGGCGUUCCUCCUGGACCGGACAGAGACACCAGACUCCAUCAGGUGGCUCCACGGAUCAAAGGUCGGAUGAUGGAGAAGGGCUCUGUUCUGAUUGGCUACCAGCCGCUGGAAGACAAAGUGAAUUUCUUCAGAUGUGUUUUCUCCAAUCCUGCCACGCAGCCGGAGGAUGUCGACUUUCUGUUGGACGAGAUCGCCUGGCUGGGCCAUGACCUUUGACCUCUGACAGGAACGAGGGGUCUGAGCUCUGUCCAUGAGCCCAAACCCUGGACUUUCCCCUCAGACCCAGAUCUUCUUGCCCUAACCCUGGACUUUCCUAUCAGACUGAGAUCUUCUUACCCUAACCCUGAACUUUCCUAUCAGACCCAGAUCUUUGAACUGUGGACUUUUCUAUGAAACUAAGAUCUUCGAACCAAACCCUGGACUUUUCUAUCAGACCCAGAUCUUCAAACCCAAACCCUGGACUUUUCUAUCAGCCCAAGAUAUUCUUACCAUAACCCUGGACAUUUCUUUCUGACCCAGAUCUUCUUACCUUAGCC